ACAUUUUUCUAGGACCAACAAACAUACAUAUAACAGAAUCUUGAAUUGAACCAACCCAGCCCAACAAAAACAACAACCUAUAAUAGGUGAAGAAAUCCGAACAUGGCGGGCGUGGUUGGCGGUUGUAACACACUAAUUAUAUCAAUCCCUAAACAUCCAACAAAACCAAUUUCAACAUCCUCCUUAAUAUUUUCUCUGUCUCCUCAAUCCUCCAAUCCUAAACUCCUCCUCAAGUUUUCCCCAAUCCAUUCACGUCGUAUGUUGUGUGCAACUGCCACCAAUCCUGUUCUUCAUCAAACCUCCUCGCCCUCAUCUACCGGGAGUUGGUCGGAUUUUGCUGGUAAUGUUUCUGGUGAAUGGGAUGGAUUUGGAGCUGAUUUUACUAUUGAUGGCAGCCCAGUUGAGCUUCCUGAAAAUGUAGUACCUAAUGCUUACCGAGAAUGGGAGGUUAAAGUGUUUGAUUGGCAAACUCAAUGCCCGACUCUUGCUCAACCGGAUAAUUCUUCUUUAAUAUACAAAUUAAUUAAACUGCUUCCUACUGUCGGCUGUGAAGCUGAUGCAGCCACACGGUAUACUAUUGAUGAGAGGGUUGUAGGAGGAGCAGAUAACAUGGUUUCAUCGUUUGCGUAUCAAUCCAAUGGAUCUUACACUGCUAUUUGGACGACACGGAAAGCAGGUUCCAAUAAAGUAUUGGAGUUGGAACAUUGUUUGUUUCAUCCACAUGACAAAGAGUCACGUGUAAGGAUCAUUCAAAUUGUGGGUGUGGAUGAAAACCAGAAGUUAACUUUAAAGAGCAUAAAAGUGUUUGUUGAGCUAUGGUAUGGCCCGUUUAGAAAUGGGGAACAGCUCGGUGGAUGUGCGAUACGUGAUUCUGCUUUUGCUUCAACACAAGCUCUUAGUGGUUCACAAGUUUCAGGUGUGUGGCAACGUUCAAAUGCUAUAGCCAACUUCCAAGACUCUCCCGACCACAUUCUUCGAGAACUUGUAACAAUCGAUGGUAUAGAGAAGACCGUAAGAGAAGAAGAGCAUCUAGUGUUGCUGCCAAAGAACUUGUGGAGUUCAAUGAAAGAAAUAGAUGGAGGAAACACAUGCUGUGAAGUCGGAUGGCUGUUGGAACCAGGACGUGCCAUUACAUCAAAGUGCAUCUUUUCGCAAACUGCAGAGCUACAAGAGAUCAUAGCUUCAUCUGAAACUACAGCUCCACGAACAGGACUAUAGCACCUUGGAUACUUGUACAAAUGGGGGCUUAUAGCUGGUUUCAGUUAGUUCCAGGAAAGCUGUUGGGCUUGCUUGGUUUUUGGAGCUGAAAUUGAAAUUUGAUCAUUUGUAGAACUUUCUCAAUAAUACAUAAAGAAUAAAGUUAUUUAACAAA